CACACCAGUCCAACCUAAGCGAAUUAACGAAACCCCUCCAAUGCGGUGGCUAAGUUAUCCAGUCACAUCACGCUAUCUUCCCCAGCGUUUACUUGCUGCGAGAUUACCUCACAAUCCGACAACUAAUUAAGUUGAUCUGACAGCGUGCAUUCUCACGCGAGCCGGCCAGAUAAUCUAUAAACACAGCCGUGCUCUACACCAAUAUCUCUCACUAUACUAGCUGAUCCGUGUUGUUGCGACCUUGUGUUGUUUAGCUGAAGGGAAGCGAUAUGGCCACCGUGGAUGGGACAACGGCGAGCACCGGCGCGAAGACGGCGACUGUGGCGUCGGAGUCGGGCGGCGGCCGGUACGGGCCCCCUGCUGCACCGGCGAGCAACUCCGGCGCCCAGGUGGCGCUGCGGGCGCUGCUGUUCGCCGUGUCGCUGUCGGCGCUCGUGGUGCUGGUGACCGCCAAGCAGACGGUGAUGGUGCCCGUGGUGGUGAGGCCGCCGCAGUUCAUCCUCGCGCCGGUCCCAGCAAAGUUCACCCACUCACCGGCGCUCAUAUAUCUGCUGGCGGCGCUGUGUGCGACGUCGUUGUACAGCUUGGUUACGGCCAUCAGCUCGCUGAGGUUGCUCUCCAGCUCGGCAUGCUCUGCCAGGACGCUCUUCCUCCUCAUCCUGCUUGAUGUGUUCUACGCGGGGGUGAUGGCGUCGGCGACGGGAUCGGCGGGCGCGGUGGCGUGGGUGGGGCUGAAGGGCAACUCCCACACCCGGUGGAACAAGAUCUGCAACGUCUACGGCAACUUCUGCCGCCACAUCGGCAGCUCCACCUUCCUCGCCCUCCUCGCCUCCGCCCUCCUCCUCCUCCUCGCCUUCCUCAACGCCUACUCCCUCUAUCGCCGAACCCCCCGCUAGGCGCUAGCUCAUCCAUCCAUCCGGAUAUAUAUAUAUGUAUGUCGCCUCCCGUACGUACGUAGCUGCAGAUCGACCGAUCGACAAUUAGCCGUUCUUGCGGCUAGCUAGUGGAUUCCUGUGCCGUGUGUAUGUGCACUGCAAGUGUUGGAACACACUUUUGUGUACGUGUGUUGUGAUGUUUUUAGCGCUUUCUUUGCUGCCGGCCGGUGGCGCUUAUGUUGUACGUUCCUGCUGUCGCAUCUCUGAAAAUUCAAUCUAUCGUUUCCUCGGUUUGAUGUAA